CGCCGCUACCCCCUGCCCCCACCCCUGGCCGGCCCCUGCGGCGCUCGGGGGCCGCCCAGCCUCCCCCUGCCGCCAUGGCUACCAAGAAAGGGGGUUCGCGGCUGGAGACCGAGAUCGAGAGGUGCCGCUCCGAGUGCCAGUGGGAGAGGAUCCCCGAGCUCGUCAAGCAGCUCUCGGCCAAGCUCAUCGCGAACGAUGACAUGGCAGAGCUCCUCCUUGGCGAAUCCAAGUUGGAACUUUUUCUGAAGGAGAACCCUCUUAAGCAGGGCGCAACCCCCUGCGGUCCCCGGCCAAAGUUAAUUGAAGUCAGGAAGCACCUCACUGCAGCGCUUGACCGAGGAAACCUAAAGUCAGAGUUCUUACAAGAAGCCAACUUGGUUAUGGCCAAAUCAAACUAUAUGGAAGGUGAUUACAAAGAAGCUCUUAACAUAUAUGCGAGAGUGGGUCUCGAUGGCUUGCAGCUAGUAGCUGUACCUCCUUAUCGGCUGAGGAUGAUAGCCGAAGCAUAUUCUACCAAAGGUCUUUGUCUAGAAAAGUUGCCAAUUUCCUCUUCAACAAGUAACCUCCAUGCAGAUCGUGAACAAGAAAUUAUUAUGUGCUAUGAGAAGGCUGGGGAUAUAGCCCUUCUGUACCUCCAGGAGAUAGAAAGGGUAAUAAUGGCCAAUAUACAGAACAGAAGCCCUAAGCCAGGGCCUGCGGCACACGAACAAGAACUUGGAUAUUUUUUAGAAACAGGACUUCAGAGAGCCCAUGUCUUGUACUUCAAAAAUGGGAAUUUGACAAGAGGAGUCGGUAGAUUUAGAGAGAUCCUACGAGCUGUUGAAACAAGAACUACACAAAAUUUACGCAUGACAAUAGCAAGACAGCUAGCUGAAAUCUUGCUACGAGGCAUGUGUGAACAAAGUUACUGGAAUCCACUGGACGACCCUCCUUACGAGUCACCCCUGAAUGACCCCCUAUGGAAAGGUGCAAAUACUAAGAGUUAUGCGCUUAGCAGAAGACCACGGGUGUACUCUGGAGAAAACAUUUUCUGUCCUCAAGAGAACACUGAAGAAGCGCUCUUGCUGCUGCUGAUUAGUGAAUCUAUGGCUAAUCGCGAUGCUGUGCUGAGCAGAAUACCAGAACAUAAAAAUGAUCGCAUCAUCAGUUUGCAAAGUGCGUCUGUAGUCUAUGACUUGCUUACCAUUGCCUUGGGAAGAAGAGGUCAAUAUGAAAUGUUAUCAGAGUGCUUGGAAAGAGCAAUGAAAUUUGCAUUUGAAGAAUUCCAUCUUUGGUAUCAGUUUGCACUGUCCUUAAUGGCAGCAGGAAAAUCUGCUCGAGCUGUGAAGGUCUUGAAAGAGUGUAUACGGUUGAAACCGGACGAUGCCACAAUCCCACUUCUUGCUGCCAAACUAUGUAUGGGAUCCCUUCAUUGGUUAGAAGAAGCAGAACGGUUUGCCAGAAUGGUGGUUGAUAUGGGGGACAAAUCAUCAGAAUUCAAAGCGAAAGGUUUCUUAGCCCUGGGACUGACUUACAGCUUACAAGCUACAGAUGCUUCUUUGCGAGGGAUACAAGAGGUUCUGCAGCGAAAGGCUCUUCUUGCAUUUCAAAGGGCUCACAUCUUGUCUCCAACAGAUCACCUGGCAGCAUUUUAUCUAGCUUUACAGUUUGCUAUAUCCCGACAGAUACCAGAAGCUUUAGGAUAUGUUCGUCAAGCUCUUCAGCUUCAAGGAGACGAUGCUAACUCUCUGCAUCUCCUUGCCCUCUUGCUGUCAGCUCAGAAACACUAUCACGAUGCUCUGAAUAUCAUUGACAUGGCCUUGAGCGAAUACCCAGAAAACUUUAUAUUACUGUUUUCAAAAGUCAAAUUGGAAUCACUCUGCCGGGGCCCAGAUGAGGCACUCCUUACUUGUAAACACAUGUUGCAGAUCUGGAAAUCCUGUUACAAUCUCACUAACCCCAGCGAUUCUGGACGGGGCAGCAGUUUGUUAGACAGAGCCAUUGCCGACAGGCGACAACUUAGUACAAUUACUUUGCCAGACUUCAGUGACCCUGAAACAGCUUCUGAUUCCUCCACAUCUUCACCUCUCUCAAGAACAGAAUCUCCUCUCCACCUGUUUAUGUCUCCUCACCCUCAUCCCAAAUCCGAUACCUUUGUCUGGCCCUAUGCAACCAAUCCAUACUGUGACCUCGUUCCUGGGCCCUGCGAACCGCCACUCUGCAACCCUCCAGAUGCUUACUUUCAUGGUUUUUUCUCCCUUUUUUCAGUUUGUUCGAUCCAUGCGACGUCGAUAGCAGCCUCUAGAGUGGAGCAGGCACUGUCUGAAGUUGGCUCGUCUUUGCAGAGCAGUGCUCCGAAGCAAGGUCCUCUGCAUCCUUGGAUGACACUGGCUCAAAUCUGGCUUCAUGCAGCUGAAGUAUACAUAGGAAUUGGAAAGCCUGCAGAAGCCACAGCAUGUAUUCAGGAAGCUGCUAACCUCUUUCCAAUGUCUCACAACGUUCUGUACAUGAGAGGUCAAGUGGCAGAACUUCGGGGAAAUAUUGAUGAAGCCAAACGCUGGUAUGAAGAGGCCUUAUCUAUCAGCCCAACGCAUGUCAAAAGUAUGCAGAGAUUGGCUUUGAUACUUCACCAGCUUGGAAGGUACAGCCUGGCCGAGAAGAUUCUUAGGGAUGCUGUCCAGGUGAACUCCACGGCCCAUGAGGUUUGGAAUGGCCUCGGGGUGGUUUUGCAAGCUCAGGGCAAUGACGAUGCAGCAACCGAGUGCUUCCUGACAGCGCUGGAGCUGGAGGCCAGCAGCCCCAUUGUCCCUUUCACCAUCAUCCCUCGAGUCCUCUGAAAGACUGUCCUCAUAAAUUGAUGAAUCAUCAUGUGAGAAUGUUAGGAAGCAUACUGCGUAAGCCUUCCUCCUGAUUCGAAGGGCGGCUCUUCAGGCUGAGAGGUAAUACAACAAAACAGGCAAUCUGCUCAUUACUGUGAGGGAUUCUGACUGUGGAAGUGAUACAGCAUCUUAUUGUUAAUGCAGAGAAAUAACUAAACAGAAAUGUGGGGGAACCACACACAUGCCACCCCCCCGUGUAUCACCUACAUCUUCGCCCCAUAGUAGUUUUAAAGCCUGACGCUAUUGUUCAAAUGGGUAUUGUGCCAUGUUUUAUUAGGUGACAUCUGAGUGUUAUGUAAAACUUUAAAUAGAAUCAAACACCAACUGUAGAAUAAUAGAUUCGAGUUAAAAUUCAGUGGCAGAGCAGCCUAUUUUUAACCAAGCCUGUCAAAGACCCGUUCUCUUCAUGUCUUUCAACCUCUCUGGGCCCGGAAUCAAAAUGUGAAAUUUGCUGUGCUCCAUCUCUGCAGUAGUCCAGGCAGACAAAUUAACCGAAAGGUUUAUGUUUUUAGUUGUUUAUAACUGUGAUGUGUAGCUAAUUGUUACUGCCUUUAUUUAGAAGAGAGGUUGUGUACAAGAAUAUUUAUAUUUUACCAAUGUAUGCCUGUUUAAAAGAAGAAGAAGAAAUGAAAAGAAAAUAUUAGUUAUUUAAGUUUAACUUUUUUAUGUGAAUUCAGAGUUUAUUUAUCAAUGGAAAUAUGUAAAAAGAUGCUAAAGACGGAAUAUUUACCGACAUUCCUUAUGCAUUAUAAACCCACUUGGCUCAAUGGGAAGAUUAUGUUAAUAAUAAAAAUGAUUUUUGGAUGGAUAUAGUGCUUGUCCUUCGUUUUGAGAGCUGGAUGAAAAUAAUCAGGCUGCCCCAAAGUGGCAGUCUGGGCCAUAACACAGCCAUAGUAGAAGAUUUGAUUAAUCUGAUACCUCUGUUUUACAAAAAGAUGCUCAGAAGAACAUCUAAUUUGAACUAUUCUUAAAUCCAGGGCAAAUGCCUGAUCUGAGAAAAGGUCGAGAUCCACCAUUAAAUCAGGGGCUCAACUGGGCUUACACAUAGCAUGCUGGUUCAGUCAUGUCAGAAUCCUCCAAGAAGUGGUUUUAGAGCAUACCAUAUGAGACGGGCUAAUCUCUGUGACAAACAGCUGCCCGUUGUUGGCCACAUUUCCCCUUUGCUCAGAGUUCGCUGUCCAGCAGUCUUUCCUUUUGCUGCACAUAGGUAUAUGGAAGGUGUAAACCAAUAGACCACUUUUACGUCAAGUUAUAUAAUACUUAAUACAAGCAGCUUGUCUUCCUGUUUAAAUUGGGGCCUGAAAACAGCCCUUGAUCACACCUGAAUCAAAAACUUCAUCCAACUGACCUGGAAAUUCCUGUUGAAUUAGUCUCCAACGGGGAGCUGGGCCUGUUUUGUUAAAAGGUACUUAAAGCCACUAAUGGACCCUGAGACCCUGGCAAAUGCUAUGGAGCAUUGAAGAGUUAGCUCUUAUUUGGCCAGCAACUGUACAGACCCCUUGAUCAAAACAAGACACAGCAGGUCUAAUUGGUAAUUUACAGAAAAUGGAACCAAUGUCGGUAGCCAUUAGCAAAUUAACUAAAAACAUGCCUUCCUACUUGUAAUUCCCUUUUGCUUGAUCAUCAUGCACAGGGCUUUGGCCAUGUGGCAGCAGCUGGGCGGAGGGCAAUGAAGUAGGUUCUGUUGUCCUUUAAAACAUUAAUAUCCUGUCUUUUAAAAAAUCCGGCUAACACAUUGCAAAAUCUAUAAAAGUUGCAUUACAAGCCUGGAAUCGUAGCUUAACCAACAGCUAUAAAGAGUGUUUUUGACGCAGCACUCAUUUCCCACUAGUUUAUGGUUGUAUUGUGGAACCCCUGGGAGGAAAAAGUAUCCAGCUUGGAUUGUAGACCGUGUAACUUAACUUCCGCACAUGAUCUGUAACAGUGCACUUCUUUAAAACAAAAACAAAAGGGAAGUGUGAAACACAGAAUUGUAAGAAAAACCACAGCCUAUGGUUGGAGCAGCAGUGGUGGUGACUGACGCCCACUGGGACCAGUAGAGCAGAAGGAAGAGAGGUCACCAGUAGGUGGAGCUAGAUCAGAUAUUGGCAGAGCUUGACCCAAUGACUGUCUGAGUUCUACAAUGGCAGCUAAGGAAGAGGAAGGUGACAGCCCAUGUAACAUUCCCUGGACUGUUUGUAAGGCAGCAGGCAGGUGGGGCCAGACUGAGGUUGAGAGGGCAGUGCCCCAUUUGCACCCAAGGACCCGACCUGCACCAAAUGCAGACACUCACACCCCUACUUUGUGGAAGGAAAUUAAUAAUCACGACAGAAUGGUCACUCUCAGGAAUUGACUUGAAAUAGUUUCAUAAAAUGGGGGGGGGGCACAAUGAUCAACCUGUCACAUGGAAGAUGGAGCAAGCCUGUUUUCUCCUGCUCUGGAGGGUAGGACUUGAAUCAAUGGCUAUAAAAAGCUUUCUGACAGUAAGAUCUGUUUGACAGUGGAAUAGACUCCGUAAGGAGGUUGUGGACUCUCCUUCCUUGGAGGUUUUUAAGCAGAGGUUGGGGACUAUUAUUAAUAAUAGUCAUGGAUGCUUUAGCUGAGAUUCCUGCAUUGCAGGGGGUUGGACUAGAUGACCCUUUGUGUCCCUUCCAACUCUGCAAGUCUAUUAUUCUAUGAUUCUAACCUUAAACAGAUGGAUCUUAAGCUGAUGAAGGUCUAUCAUCUUUCCAGGGAACUUGACUUGCAUUGUUGCCUUGUAUGUACUCAGUAUUACAAUUUACUGUAAUUUCCCUUGAGUCUCCUUAGCAAAAGAUUCUCAUAUUGGAUCUUUCGGGUGCGUGACAGAUUUAACACAGAAAGGCACUGGGAUUUGACAAGCGUCUUCCAGCUUUUUCUCUCUUCCUCUCCGCCCCCUCACUUCUUCCCCUGCCAGCCCACCGCUUUGCUUACUUCCUGGGAGACUCUGGCAGGCUCACUGUUGGUUGUACUAUCUGGAUUGGUGCUGACUUGGAGAAUGGGGAGGGGGGAGGCAGUAUUUGCUUUGCUGAAAAGAAGAGGUUGAUCGCUGACAUUUUGGCAGAGCUAAAGCAGCUGCUUUUCUCUGGGGAGAGGCUGAGAGGGGAAUCGCUGUCUAAAGCAGGCCAUGGGGUUAACACUCUUGUGGGUCCCUGUGUUUUCGCUCUGCACUUCUCUUUUGCAUCUGCGUGCCCCCGGCUCAAAUCUGCUGUGUACACAAGCACCGUGGCUGCCCUUCAGCUUCCUUUCAGAUUGACAGGGCAGUUUCCUCUGGCUGGCUGCUGCAGCCUUCGGGGGGAGCCCAGAUUGUUAAAUGAUGCCUGCCUAAACAGGAUUAGUACAAGAGAAGCAGCAAUGUAGGACCCUUGUGUGAGAUGCCUGUAACUUCCAUGAUACAGUGAAAAGAUGCUCAGGGACUUUACCAGAGUCGGCUCCCCUCCCCUCCGCCUGCUCCCUACAUCCAGGUCAUCUCUACUAACACUUUUAAGGGAAGCAUCUUUGACAGUGGACAGAGUGAACUGAUGCUCAACACUGACUUCUCCCCCUUUUUCAGUUCCAGGAUUCAUGGCGAGCUGCUAAGCAUUCUGCUCUUGUAGCUUUUUGUACUCCAGUUCCUAGAAGAAAUCAGGCUUCAGAGGACCAGGCUGUGCCUGAAAUAUAUCAGCUGCUCAACAGCAGCCCAGCAGCCCAAGUUUGUUGGAUGAAUAGCUGCUUGUUGGUAGGGCAAAUUCAGAGAAGAAUAGAGGUUACGGUGUAUUGGUUCUGGCUCCAGAGGUCAGGCUGCAACCUUUUUCCAUUGCCUAUAAGAGCAGAGGAAUCUGCCUUAGGUUGAGACAGACCUUUUGGCUCACCUAGGUCUGGAUAGUUCAGUUGGCUAGAGCGUGGUGCUGAUAAUGCCAAGGUUGCAGGUUCGAUCCCUGUUUGGGACAGCUGCAUAUCCCUGCAUUGCAGGGGGUUGAACUAGACCCUCAGGGACCCUUCCAACUAUACGAUUCUAUGAUUCUAGGUCAGUGUUGUCCCUGUGAUGACUGGAGGAGCCCACCAGCAUUUCAGCUAGGGGUCUCCCCUACCAGAGGACAUGUGGCCCAGGCUCUGUGAAACCCAGAGCUAGCCCUGCACAAGUGGAACUAACCGAGACUUAUUUUGGGGAGGCUUCACCCUGAGACUCGCUGCAGCAUAUUGCUGGUUAGAAAUGCAGUUGUGACACUUGGCUGCUCACAAUUCAGUGGCACCCUGUGUGGUGCUAAAAUCCGGCACCCCUACCUCUUGUGCUCAGUUCUACAGCACUGUUUUGGCACCCCAUGCAGUGCUGCUCCCAAUACAGCUGCACUGGUUGUACUACCUUAAAAUUGCCUCUGUUGGCAGCAGCCCUGCCCUCCACAGGCUCCUGCAGCACCAACAUGCGGCCAACAAAUUGCCCCCGAAGGAACGUGGCCUUCAAGCAGUGGAGGGGGAAAUGGCUUUUAAUGGAUAUUUGUCUAGAUCAGGGGUUUCCAAACUGGGCAAUGAGCUUCAUUCAGCUGCUCUGUAAAAAUGCAAUGAAAAAUCAUACAGCAUCUAGCGCAGCCCAUUCCAACUGCUACAACAGGUGGGAAAAUCAUUAAACAAUUUUCAAGUGGUCAGGGGGGUUGGGGAAGGUUUAGAGACCGUUGAAACACCACCCACCAAAACGCUGCAAAAUGGAAGCUCCAUGAGGUCUCCCUCUUCAGAAAGACUGAAGCAGCACCCGUUUACAUCCUUUUCAUGACGUCACUGUCUCAUUUAUGCGCUGUGCUCUUUGCCCAAAUAAACGUUGCACAUCCCAGGUUCCUGGUUUCAGCGAACCUAAUUGCCCCAGAAGGACCUUUGCAGCACUCUUUUGAAUGCGCUCUUUCCCCCAUAGGCUCUGCAAAGCCAUGCUGUCGUUGGUAACAGUGGAGAAACAGCAACAAGGCUUUGAAUCAAAUGCUCCCUUUUUUCUCUCUCUUGCUUUAAGCAAGAAUGACAUUGUUCGAAGGAGCUGGUUGCUGCCUUGUGCCCCAGUCGGGUUAUGCAGAAGCUACGCGGUUAUAAAUUAGUCAUGGAAAUUAAGUAUGCGUGUGUGUUUUUGGAAGCGAGGUGCUUCGUUCUGAAGCAGAAUUCUUGUUUGGUAUUUAUGCAGCAUGUAAAUCUUGGAGGAGUUUUGCUCACUGCUGAAAGUCAAAGUGAUGUAAUUUCACUUGAAAUCCAGUGGGAUGCAAUGGAGAGAGACUUUUUGGCAGAAGGAAUUGCCGUGCUAGAUCAGCCCAAGAUGCUGCAUCUUGCUUUGAACAGCAGCUGGCACUAUACUUCUGAGAAGCUCAAAGGGAGGCCUUGAAAGUAAGGGCCCUUUGCUGCUGCUUGUCCCCAGGAGUAUCUGGUUUUUGCAGGUACACUGCCCCUCUACAUGGAGGCCCCAUUUAGCAUCUUUCAACUGGGUGGGAUAGACCAACAUUUGCCAUGGAGUCAUGGUGUGGCAUCGGGCAGCUAACGCCUCUCCAUUUCUGUUUUCCUGCUACACAACUCAAAUGAGAGUAAUAAGUAGGACUGCAACAAAAUGUUGCAGUGUAGAAUGAUCCUCCUCAGGGUUUCAGCCUGCCAUAACAUUUUCUAGGCGUUCUCCAUUUCCUUUUCUCUCCCCACCCCCCUCCAAACAAGCGCUCAGUGUUCUGUAGCCACUGAAGUUGCUCAGUCCUCAUUAGGCUGUAUUUUUUGGACUGUGUGUCUCUGUGUGUCUCUCUCUUUUAGGGUUCCCCCCUUUUGUACCUCUGCAACCCUUGGGGUUCCCUCAAGCCCUCUAAUAGCUCCAUCUUGCUCAUGGAUGGUGCCUUUUUGGCUAUAACCAGCACUCUGAUAAUGAGUUCAGUGUUGGUAAAUACAAUAGACCUUGUAGAGUUGUUGUAAUGUCAAACAUCUAUCCUUGAUAUGAGCCAGUUCUCAUUUGGGGCUCAGCACUAUGUACAAAGGAACACGGGAGUCAGUUGGUCCAUCUAGUUUGGUAUUGUCUACACUGACAGCCAGGGAUUGAACCUGGGACCUUCUGCUUGCAAGGUAGAUCCUGUAUUCUACCACUGAGCAGUGAUCCUUAUUUCCACCUGCCAGGGGAUCAACCCCAGCAUAAGCAUGGGCAGAUUGCUGAUAAAUGAGCAAAGCCAACAUGCCCUAAAACACUAGGGAGUAGAAUUCCUAGAUCAGAAGGAGGAAGUUCCAAGUGGACUUGAGCCCUUGUAUGACCAAUGUGAUGGAUAUUAUCUUUCAAAAUAGAAUGUUGAAAUAGUGUUGCUCAUCAUAAAAUCGGAAAGAAGAGCAAAUUUUGGAUCUUCCGUUCAGCCUCUUUAUACAGUUUGCCCUUUGCAUCUAGUUAUUAUGUUGAUGUGACAGAACAGAGCCUACUGAGCAAGGGAAAGAGAAGGCAUGCCAGGAAGAAACAUCACACCUCAGGAGUGUGGCCAUACCUCAGGCUUGGCCUUGUGUCAUCCCUGAUUGCUCUGCAUCGGUCAAAAUCCUGCCAGCUGCAGAAUUAUUGCAGUGCAUUAAAUGGCAAGCAGAGUGCCUUACUGCUCAUGCGUGCACAUUGAGACGCAUGUCAGUACCAGAGACAAGAUGCAUCAGCUUUUCAUCAGAAAAGUUAACAUCCGCUGACUAAAUGGAGGGGACUAAAUGUCAAAUGGAAACCUUAGUAGCCUUUUUGAAAGGUGUCUCCUAACCCACAAUUGCUUCUUCUAGAAGCCAACUCAGCUGGUAUGUACAGACAAGACUGUAGCCAAAAUAAGGCCAUGGAGAAAGAAGAGGGGGUGGGUAUCAGAAUGCUCAAGGGAACAUCGAGGUUUGCAGAAACAACAACAACAACAAGGGAAUACACAAUCUUUGGACUGAGUGGUCAAGGAAUGCUGACUAUUGUGCAAUUGCCAGGUGAGAGAGAAUUGAAUAUUGGGUAGGGCCCGGCUGGCUGCCUAGUUGGCACAUUGAACAGGAGCGCUCCCACAUUGCAGCAUUUUCACCUGGAUGCCAAAUAGCAAAACGGGGACAAAGCAAGGAACUGUUACUUUCCUGGGACAGGUAGCAAAAACCAGAGCUGUUUGGGGGUAAACAUGGAUCGCAUGCACAUCUUCCAGGACCACCUCCACAUUGUCAGAUUCAUGGGCUUCGUUCACCCUUCUGUUAUAUCCUGGCAGCCGUUGGAAGCAGUGGCGAGGCUUCUAAACUCCCUCUCAGUGAAAUUUUCCUAUAGUGCUUGUUCAGCAUCUCAAGCCUGUUUCAGGAAUCCUCCAAGACAUGCCCUCUGCCUUUUUGCUCAAGGAGCACAAAGCUCACUGGGGCACAGCCAGGGCCCUUGCUGUUGACUUCAUUUGACUCAGCACAAACACUUUGUCAUCCCUCCGCGUUGAUGGGUGGUUUUUUUUUGU